AAAUCACUCUUGUUUUGGCUUGCGUUGGAGUUCCAUCUAUCUCAUUUAUUUUUUGGGAGAUAGAGAUCAAGAACUCCAUGCUUUGCCAUUGAUUUUUUUUUUUCUUUCAGGGAAAAAAAAAGACCCUUUCUGCAAUUCUCAAGAUCCCUAUCUGUUUUUUUUUUCUCUCAUCAGGUUUUGUGUUAGGGAUCUUGUUGAAGAGAAGAAAAAAAAAAAUGGCAUUCAGUGGGACUCUGGAGAAAUGCAAGGCUUGUGAUAAGACUGUUUAUGUGGUUGACAUGUUAUCUGCAGAUGGAAUCUCUUAUCAUAAGUCCUGCUUCAAAUGCAGCCAUUGCAAAGGAACCCUUGUGAUGAGUAACUACUCUUCCAUGGAUGGGGUCCUUUACUGCAAACCUCAUUUUGAGCAACUUUUCAAGCAGACUGGUAGUUUCACUAAGAACUUCCAAGCAGGAAAAUCUGAGAAACAAAAUGAACUGUCUAGGGCUCCUAGCAAGCUCUCCUCCCUUUUCUCUGGGACCCAAGACAAAUGUGCCACUUGUAAAAAAACAGCAUAUCCAUUGGAGAAGGUGAGUGUAGAAGGAGAAUCUUACCACAAGUCAUGUUUCAAGUGUUCUCAUGGGGGUUGCUCCCUCACAACUUCAUCCUAUGCUGCUCUGGAUGGAAUUUUGUACUGCAAGCACCAUUUUGCUCAGUUGUUCAAGGAGAAGGGAAGCUAUAACCAUCUUAUCAAGAUUGCCUCAAUCAGGAAAAAUGCUGCAGCAGUACCUGAACCAAAACAAGAAAAAGCACCAGAACCACAGGCAGCAUCCACAAAGGAACAAGAAGCAGAACCAGAGAUGACACAAGAGCAAUCAUAAGGGCUUGCCAUGGUUACCUGCUUAUUUUCAUGUUUUCCAAUUUGCCCAUUUUUGGGCACAGUUCCCCCUCUGAAAGCAGACUAGGAUGUCUAAAAUUUGGUUUUGACUCAUUCCAUCUCAUUCCCUUCCCCAUGGGGAAAAUUGUUGUGUAACUGUUGUUGAAGAGUUAUUUGAUUUUCUGUGCAAAUUUCAGUUGUUCUACAUCAUAUCAUAAUCCAUUUGAAUCCAAA